GUAAACAUUCCUGCUGAGAUGGCAUCCAAAGUUACUCCCUUGAACUACCAAAACUUUGAGAACUUUGUUGUGAACAAGAGAAACACAUCCUCAAAGAAAAUGGGAUCAAUUCCUCAUCUUUCGAUACUGAAAGGCCCGAGCAGAUCGUUGAAAUCUGAGACGAACUUGUGCAGAUUGUUCGAACAAGUAGCAGUCGGCGUUUCGGAAAAACCGGCUUUGGUUUUCGAAGAUCUCGGGGAAGUCAAGAAGACCAGUUACCAUGACCUGAAUGCAACUGCAAAUCGCAUUGCUCGCUUGAUUAAAGCGACCAUCGUGGAUAAGUCGAUUCCACGCAAUGCCGAUGGAGAUUACAUAGUGGCGAUUUGUAUGCAGCCGAGCGAUGAAUUAAUCUCGGUGCUUCUGGCCGUUUGGAAGGCCGGUGCUGCCUACUUGCCUCUGGAUCCGACCUUCCCUGCUUCGCGCAUCGAGUAUUUCGGAUACGCUGUCACGAAGGUUAAGGCCGUCUUGAAGAUGCCCACUUGUUCAGUUCUGCUAUAUGGGAAGGCCUUGAACUGCCAUUGA